UGUUAUUCAAAUCACACCCCGGGCGUGCGCCCGGGGACCGCGGGCUCCGGCCUCCCGAGGCUGUCUGUGGGUUUUUUCCCGCGGCGCUCCCGCGCCCCUCCGACCGCGGCGGCGGCGCCCCGGGCUCGGCCAGCUGGUUUCGGGAUCUCCUCGCCCGCAGGGGCCGCGCCUCCCCCGCCCCGGGCGCGCGCUGCGGCUCGGCGCCCCCUCCCCUCCCCUCCCCCGCCCUGCCUUUCCCGGGUCCAGCCUCCGUGCCGCCGCCGCCGCCUUGCCCGGUCCGCGGGGCCCUGCCGGCCUCCCGCCCCGCAGCAUGGCACCAUCGGAGCUGAAUUAGCCGGGAGCGGCAUUUGGGGGAUCAGGGAUCUCGAGGGGGAGGUGCUCUGCAGCCUCGGUCAUGGAUGUGAGCAAAAUGACUGUCAGCAUCAAUAAGGCCAUUAAUACGCAGGAAGUGGCUGUAAAGGAAAAACAUGCCAGAACGUGCAUCCUGGGCACCCACCAUGAGAAAGGGGCACAGACCUUUUGGUCUGUUGUCAACCGCCUGCCUCUCUCCAGCAAUGCCGUGCUCUGCUGGAAGUUUUGCCACGUCUUCCACAAACUGCUCCGGGAUGGGCACCCAUACGUUCUGAAGGACUCUCUGAGGUACAAAAACGAGUUGAGUGACAUGAGCAGGAUGUGGGGUCAUCUGAGCGAGGGCUAUGGACAGCUCUGCAGCAUCUACCUCAAACUGUUGAGAACAAAGAUGGAGUACCACACCAAGAAUCCCAGGUUCCCAGGCAACCUUCAGAUGAGUGACCGACAGCUGGAUGAGGCCGGAGAAAGUGACGUUAACAACUUUUUCCAGUUGACAGUGGAGAUGUUUGACUACCUGGAGUGUGAACUGAACCUCUUCCAAACUGUGUUCAACUCUCUGGACAUGUCCCGCUCGGUGUCCGUCACGACCGCUGGGCAGUGCCGCCUCGCCCCGCUGAUCCAGGUCAUACUGGACUGCAGCCACCUCUACGACUACACUGUCAAGCUUCUCUUCAAGCUCCACUCCUGUCUCCCAGCCGACACCCUGCAAGGCCACCGGGACCGCUUCAUGGAGCAGUUCACAAAGUUGAAAGAUCUGUUCUACCGCUCCAGCAACCUCCAGUACUUCAAGCGGCUCAUCCAGAUCCCUCAGCUGCCCGAGAACCCACCCAACUUCCUGCGAGCCUCAGCCCUGUCAGAGCACAUCAGCCCUGUGGUGGUCAUCCCAGCCGAGGCCUCGUCCCCAGACAGCGAGCCGGUCUUGGAGAAGGAUGACCUCAUGGACAUGGACGCCUCCCAGCAGAAUUUAUUUGACAACAAGUUCGAUGACAUCUUUGGCAGCUCUUUCAGCAGCGAUCCCUUCAACUUCAACAGUCAAAAUGGCGUGAACAGGGAUGAGAAGGAUCACGUAAUUGAGCAGCUUUACAGAGAGAUCAGUGGACUGAAGGCCCAGCUGGAAAACAUGAAGACAGAGAGCCAGCGGGCGGUGCUGCAGCUGAAGGGCCGCGUCAGCGAGCUGGAGGCCGAGCUGGCCGAGCAGCAGCACUUGCGGCAGCAGGCGGCCGACGACGGCGAGUUCCUCCGGGCGGAGCUGGACGAGCUCAAGAAGAAGCGGGAAGAUACCGAGAAGGCCCAGCGGAGCCUGACGGAGAUAGAGAGGAGAGCCCAGGCCAAUGAGCAGCGGUACAGCAAGCUGAAGGAGAAGUACAGCGAGCUGGUGCAGAACCAUGCCGACCUGCUGCGGAAGAAUGCAGAGGUGACCAAACAGGUAUCUGCAGCAAGGCAAGCACAGGUGGAUUUGGAACGAGAGAAAAAAGAUCUGGAGGAUUCCUUCCAGCGCAUAAGCGACCAGGCCCAGUGGAAGACUCAAGAACAAGCAGAGGUUCUAGAGAGCUUGAAACAAGAACUUGCCUCCAGCAAACAGGAACUCCAGGUCCUCCAAGGCAGCCUAGAAACUUCUGCUCAGUCAGAAGCAAAAUGGGCCACCCAGAUCGCCGAGCUGGAGAAGGAGCGGGGCAGCCUGGCCACUGCAGCGGCUCAGCGAGACGAGGAGUUAGCUGCUCUGAAGGAGCAGCUGGAGCACACCCAGCACACACUGUCCAGUGCACAGGACUCUGUGGAACAGCUUGCGAGAAACCAACGGAAAACUCUUCUGAUGGAGGCCAAGAAGGCUGCAGAGCAGAUGAUAGAGGAGGCGCUGAGCCAGCUCGAGGAGCCCACGCUCAUCAGCUGUGCCGGAUCCGCAGAUCACCUUCUGUCCAAGAUCAAGUCCGUUUCUAGCUGCAUCGACCAACUGGAAAAAAGCCGGAGCCAGUAUCUGGUCUGCCCAGAAGAUAUCAGUGGGCUUCUCCACUCGGUCACCCUCCUUGCCCAGCUGACCAGUGACACGAUCCUUCAAGGGAGCACCACCAGCCUCAGGGCCCCCCCGGAGCCUGCCGACUCGCUCACCGAGGCCUGCAAGCAGUAUGUCAGGGAGACACUCAUCUACCUGACUUUCCUGGAGGAAGAGGAAAGCCUCGAGAAGGCCGACAGCGCAGCCAUGAGGGACUGCCUCGGCAGGAUCAUGGCCAUUGGCGAGGAGCUCCUGCCCAGGGGCCUCGACAUCAAGCAGGAGGAGCUGGGGGACCUGGUGGACAAGGAGAUGGCUGCAACAUCGGCUGCCAUUGAAGCUGCUACGGCCCGGAUAGAGGAGAUGCUCAGCAAAUCCCGGGCAGGGGACACAGGAGUCAAAUUGGAGGUGAACGAAAGGAUCCUCGGUUCCUGUACCAGCCUCAUGCAGGCUAUUCAGGUGCUGAUUGUGGCUUCGAAGGACCUCCAGAGAGAGAUCGUGGAAAGCGGCAGGGGUACAGCAUCCCCUAAAGAGUUUUAUGCCAAGAACUCUCGGUGGACAGAAGGACUCAUCUCAGCCUCCAAAGCUGUGGGCUGGGGAGCCACUGUCAUGGUGGAUGCAGCUGACCUGGUGGUACAAGGCCGAGGGAAGUUUGAGGAGCUGAUGGUGUGUUCGCGUGAAAUUGCAGCCAGCACAGCCCAGCUUGUGGCUGCAUCCAAGGUGAAAGCUGAUAAGGACAGUCCCAACCUAGCCCAGCUGCAGCAGGCCUCUCGGGGAGUCAACCAGGCCACUGCCGGCGUGGUGGCCUCAACCAUUUCCGGAAAAUCACAGAUUGAGGAGAGAGACAAUAUGGACUUCUCAAGCAUGACGCUGACUCAGAUCAAACGCCAAGAGAUGGAUUCCCAGGUUAGAGUGCUGGAGCUAGAAAACGAAUUGCAGAAGGAGCGUCAAAAACUGGGAGAUCUUCGAAAAAAGCAUUAUGAGCUUGCUGGUGUUGCUGAGGGCUGGGAAGAAGGAACAGAAGCAUCUCCACCUACACUGCAAGAGGCGUCUUUUCCGUUUCAUCAUUUGCACAAACUUGUGAGCGUCAGAGGGCUGGUGGAUUCCAAACCAAGACACUACCCCGAAUGUGUGCACAGAGGCCGCAGAACAGCAGGAGUGGCCUGGCUGGGAGUGCCGAGGCAGUUCUCCCCCUCUUUUGGCAGUUCCCUGGAUCCCCACUGCUUCUCAUGGUGGUCGGUCGGCCUUUUUGGUUUUCUGUUUUGAAGUCUCAUUCAUCCAGCCAACUCUCUCCCAGGGAGCACCCCCGGAGCGCUGAGCUGCCGGGCGCCCCCCAACCACAGCGGUCAAUGGUGCCGGUGCUGCUCGGGCCUCUCCUUGGUGCUUCACACCAGCCUCGGCGCUGAGGGUCCCGCUGGGGGUGUAGGUCGGCCGAGGCCACUCCCCAGAGUCGGGCGGAGCUGCUGAGCAACAGCUUUCCUCAAAAGGCAGAAGCGAGGCGAGUGCCUUUCCCCUUCCUAAAGCUGGACCCCAGCUGAGAGCCUCAGUCCACCUUCACAAGUGAGGGUGCUACAGAAAGAGGGAAAGGGGGUGCACCCAGCUCAGGGCUUCAGGGGACACCUUUCUUAGGAACACCUGUGACCAGGCUGGAAAAACUGAUCACGUACUUGAAUGGAGCUGGUGAGAGUAGCAACACUUCUUCCCUCAGAAUGAAUCUGUCAUGCCACUCCACAUCGGCCACCUCCCUUCCUACCCAGCCAGGGCCCUGACAGGGAAUUCCCAAGUCCUUUCUCCACAUGUCUGCCUUGGCAUCCCCCUGAAUCUGAAGAAGAUACUUCCUGGUUCUACCUAAUUAACAGACCCAGAAGAUCAGGCCAACUUGAUCCCAUCAGGAAAGAACCCUGUGCUUGGUUUGGUACCUUUCAUAUUUAUUACUAACCUCCUUUAAGCAGCAAACAGCCUAUGAAAAGAUGCUGGGAGCAAUCAGGAUUUCAGGUGUGACUAUGGCAAGGUUUGCAUUGGGCCCUUGUACAUCAGCUUCAAGAAUCAGAAACAGGCCAAGGUGCCAUCUCUGGACUGUUAGCAGCCGGGAUCCCUAACUAGGCAGGUUCCUCAGAGCCUCGGGGUCAGGGGAGAAGAGAAGGGGGAACCACUGGCUUUGACUCCUUCCAGCCCCGAGGUCCCGGCUUCCGUGGUCCUGCUGGUGGGAUGAGGCCGGAGGGUGUGUUAAGAGCCUCCUGGAGACAGGCAGCCUGGCAGCACUUCGCCACCUCAAGAGGACCCCAGCAUUUAAGUGACCUUUCAAUCUCAGAAAAACACGUCUUCCUUCUUUAUCUGUAGCAACUCGUAGGUGGUGGAACAAGCAUUUCCCAGGACCCGUCCCAAAGGAGCAUGCUAAGUUUUGCUACAUGCCGGGUUGUGAGACCCCUGUUUGAUCACUGUGAAUCACACUCCUCUUGCUAGCCCACCCCCUUGACUCCCCCUCUGUGCAUUUUCUUAGUGGGUAACAAAACACUGUCUUGUCUCCCAGGAACUCAAAUUACAGUACUCAGAGGUGUCAUGUUUAAACUGGGCUAAGGAGGUAUCAACAAUAGAAACAGCACUCUGUAUGGAGUGCCACCAUGGGCUUGCCCUUCUCCCAUCCCAAGGCAGAAGCAAUGGCGGCCAGUGCCCCUGGCCCAGUUGCCAGUUAAGUCGAUCAGCGUGUUCUCAGUGUGGCCCAGUGGUUCCAAAGGUGGCUAAGUCCUCACUUCUAGAGUCCCGGCCACUCGAACUUAGGCUCCAAAUUACCAGUGGGGAGAAAAAUCUAGUAUAUUGGACCAGAUUGGGAUUCUGUGCCAAAUAACACACCCCCUUAAAAGAAGCCACAGUAAUUUUUAAAACCUUCCUGGUCUUAGCCUGAGUCAGAAAACAGUUAUAGUGUUUAUGCAGGAGCACAGGCGAAUUCAGUCUCACACGACGAAAUACCUGUCAGAUGUAGAAUUACGACUUUCAUAAUAGCUCAAAUUAGAAGCCAGGCCAUUCUCUAGCAAAAAUUAAAUGUCCUGCUUUGGUUAUUCUAAAAAUGAGUGUGUCAGACCUGAUGUGACACACUUUUGAUUAAAACAUGAAUCACAUCUGGAGACUAAGAAGGCACCUCACAGCCUUUCCAAUUUAAGCGCUAAGCAUCAUCCAUGACUGGAGGUGAAUGUCUCACAGGUGAGUGUAAAUGGGCCAUAAGAUAGGACCACAAGAAAAUAAUGGUUUGUGAUAAGAGGUUGAUAAACAUCUUCCAUCUGUUAUUUAAUUUUGUGAGACAGUGCUCUUAUACCUCUAGAGUAAGGAUAUGUGUGUUCAUAACAAGGAAAAAAACAGAAAACCCCUGCCUUUGUGGGAUUGGUUUAUAUCUGCUUUGCAAGGGCAGAAGAGCAAAGAUUUUAAAUUAGACUGUGAUUUAGAUCGUUUGCUGAUGAUGCUGCCCCCAGCAGUUUCUCAAGGAUCCCACCCGAAUAGGAGUCCUUAACCCAGUGGCUAGAAGAACAAAACUGUCCAGAGCUGUUUAGAACUAUUUCAGCUACCAAAUCAGACACCACGGUCCACACCAGGUAACCCAGGGAUCACAAGUACAUGUCAUUUCAGUCAGGUUCGCUGGCUUUGACCUCUCGCCCCUGGGGAGAAGCUGGCUCUGAGCUUGCACCUGGCACGUUCUCACUUCUUGGUCAGCUCCUUAGACUAGAAGGUUUAACUGGCUCCACUUUACCCUGGUCUUUAACAGCUGGUAAUUUCUUGCUACCUUUAACCACCUUUCCAAAUGUCUGCAAGUCCCUUCUGCCGAUGAAAGCCUUCAGCCCCAGCGUCGGCCUUCCCUCCGGACGGCCUUGCCCUGUCCGCCGUCCUUAAUCCUCCAGAGACUGCACUGCCUGUAGCAGGGAAAACCACCGCCAGGGGCCUGUCAGCCAUACAAACAGCAAACUGUGCCAGCUGUUUGCUGCUCAACUCCUUCGUCUCCCAGGCCCAGACCUAACAGGAUGUAGCCCGCUGUGGUGGGACUGCCUUCCCCCCAGGAGCCAAAGCAAUGGGGAACAACUGGUUAGGUGCAAUUUGGGUCCAACUCUGAGAGUAGAUAUUUCCAGACAUGUCUUUCAGGUGACCCUCAACUACCUCAGGUUUGAAGGCCCUAAAUUAAGCUGAUUACUACUCAUAGGGUCAAACCGAGGGGAUUCAGAUAAAUAUUGGUGAGGAUGCAAUGUCUCAAACUUAACAACUCUUUCACAUUUAGAUUUGCAGGGAUGGGUUUGUUUUCCUUUGUUUUUAACCUUCCCCCAAUCUUCCGUUAGAAUAGUUCUAUGAAUUUCAUUUUUCACUGAGUGCCUCCCUUCCCAGGGCAGGUAGCCACUGGCUUUUGUUUCCUCCCAACAAUAGUUUUAUUAUGGUAUUAAUAACUUCCUUUGUAUAAAACAUUGCAUCUGUGUUUUCAAUUUUUCAAAUAAAUAUUUCAACCUGGCAA